CCGCAUUAAAACGACAUGUUGUCGAAUGUGGGAUUUUUAUUAAUAAUAUUCUAUUUUAAUAUAUUUCAUACUCUAAAUCUAGGAUAUAUUGCUGAAGGAAUGGAGUGUGAACCAGAUCGUUAUGCCGUCAAGGGAUGUAAUGUUUGUCGGUGUAAUAAUAAAGGACGCAUUAUUGAAAGUCAAUGCACAAAAAGAAAUUGCAACGAGAUUAGUAUUCAACCAAAUCGAAGGCAAAUAAUUGUCGAAGGCAAGUGUGACCCUAAGACGUGGUACUCAUUCGGGCCAUGCCAACUAUGUUACUGUGUGUCGGAACACAAAAUAACUUGCGAUAGGAAUAUGGAGAGAAGUAAUAUAGAUCUAGGCAAGUACCAUUUAACAAUUUGCGGUGAAAAUUUCUUAGAAGAAGCAAAUGAAUUGAAAGAUUUUACAACGUUGCGACUUAGGCACAAAUAUAAUAAAGUUCAUUUUCGUAAUAGUAAAAUAACUCCUAUGACUAAUAACAAACCUACUGAUAAAAACAUCACAGAUGACAUUGAAUCUUAUAAUAAUAGUGAUAAUAGAAUUGACGUUGAAGUGCUUGAGCCUAAAAAUGAUGAAGGUGCUUAUCAUAAUGUUAACCAAAAGGUUGGUCAACAUUUUCCUUACGAUAUUACAACUGUAGAAAAAAAUAGAGGUUCAGAUUCAAACAAGUUCAAGAAUAUAGAAAUACGGAUCUUUAAUAAACCUGGAAAGAAAUUACAUAAAUUGAAUAAAAAGCUGUAUCAUGAUGUUGGUCAAAAUUUACCUUACGAUAGUACAGAUGAAGACCAGAAUCCAACAGCAAGUUAUAAAAAGUUUCGGAUCGUAAAUAUACAUGAAGUGAGUAAACAACAACAAAAAAAGAUAGCUAAAAGAAAUAGACUUGUGCCUCCGUCUGUUUUGGAUGAGGUUUGGAGUUCAGCUAUGAGGAAAUCAUUCGUUUCGAUCGAUGGCAUAGAUACGUGUGUACCUGGAACUGUUGUGAAAGUAGAAUGCAAUGUUUGUUUUUGCAUGAAGAAUGGGAAAAAAGUGUGCACACUAAAGGUUUGUGACUCUACAAAUCAGUAGUUGCAACUCGCACGGCAAACUAUACAGUUUCACAUAGUUUAUCGCUGCUAUUGGGUUGUGCAAUCAAAAUGCUUUAUUCAGUAACUACGCAGCAUCUUAAUUAUAAUUAAAUUUAAUUAAAAAUGAUUGAAAUUUUCUUUUACUCUACUAUUCGAUAACAAAGGUAGUCAAGGCUAAAGUAAAUUAUGAUAAAGUUAGCAGCUGUUAUUAUACCACUUAGAAUUAUUUUCGUGCUUUCUUAUAAACAUCAGAAACCCCUGGCCUUGUCUCUGUGGACUGAGCGAUGCUCCAAACACGAAGUUAUUCUGAACGACUGUAACUGGUGCACCUGUGAUGAAAGCCAUCGCUUCAAGUGUAAGGCUAGAGUUUGCGAUCAAGUUGAUAUGUUCGGACAUUUUAAAGAUACCAUUCAAGAUAUCGACGUGGGUAUGGAAGGUCAUGGAGUAUGGCGGUCCAAGCCAACAGCCUGUACACCGGGUGUUAAUUAUCGUCGAGGAAGUACUUUAUGUGUGUGCGAUGAAGACGGCAACUGGCCAAAUCCGAUGUGCAGAGAUUUAUUCAGAGUUCUUCAUUCAGUCGAAGUAACCGGACAAAAACGCGUAUCCGACAACCAUACAUGCACUCCAACGAAGCUUUAUUUAGUCGGCUGUAACGUUUGUUUUUGUCCGUCAACGGGAUAUUUGAAUCAGAAUUUAUGCACAACUAGAAAUUGCUCCAGCAAUGACCCGGUGCUAACACCAUCGGAUUUAAGAAGCGUUGAUGACCAGAAAGAGUCUUUAACAGUUUAUGCGACUUGCAAUCCAGAACGAACUUACCACUAUGAUAAAAUGGAUUGUAAUUGCUUACGGCAUAAUAGAUUAGCUUGUAGAUCCUAUGACAGAAGUGACAAUGGACACACCAUGGCUGUGGAUGAAGAACUUGAUGAAAACACAUGCCUGAACAGAAAUAAGAUGGAGAUAUUCCAAGUUGGUUGUAAUUAUUGCGUGUGUAUUAGCGGGGACAAGGUAAUGUGUUCUACUUUAAAUUGUUUACCUGACAAUGAAGUAGAUCUAUCUGGGAUUCCUGAGAAUAUUCAACGACAGCUUGUGGCUCCACCUAUCGAUAUAUCUGAAUGUGUUCCUGGUACGAUUUUUAAAAUGGAUUGCAAUGAGUGUCAGUGCUAUAAUAACGGAUUAGAUAAGAUGUUCAACUGCUCAAUUAAUCCGUGUACAAACGAUUUAAAGGAGAGACUCCACAAAAAUUGCGUUGCCCACAAUUAUUAUGAAUCAAAAUGUAUGUCUUGUUAUUGUUACGAAAAUAACGGAGUAAAAUCACAAAUAUGUUCUGUUAAAAGUAAAUGUGACACAAAUGAUACUAUUACUAGGAGUACUGUUGAGUCCUUGCGUGGAUAUUGCGAACCCUUGCAUAAGUACAAAAAGGAUUGUAAUGAAUGCAAAUGUCUUGCAGACGGGGAAACGUUACUUUGUACGCUUAAGAAAUGUGCAAAGCAGAAAGCGCUGGCGGUACAAUUAGUGCCUUACCGACAACAGGUAGCCGAGACAUGUCCCAAAAGAUAUUCCUACAAAGUAGACUGUAACAUUUGUGUCUGCUUAGCAAACGGCAAUGCAAUUUGCACUACAACAGAUUGCUCACGCUAUCGGCACUAGCUAACUAUGUUUGACUGAUUUCUUUCGUAGAAUUAUUAUAAUUGAAAAAAAAAUUCCCAAGACACAUACCUACAGCCUACUCUCAGGUUUAUAAAACCCCUCUUUUUCGUUGAAUACCUUUUUAUUUUUAAGGCCCGGUAUCCACGAAAGCGGAGAGGAGAGGAGAUGUAUUUUGAUAACCAAUUAGAUUUCUUUAUUUCCACAUAUCCUCUGCAAUUAGCUUCGGUGGAAUAAAGUGGAUCAAGCGGAGCGAAGAGGAGAUGUCCCAUUUGUCUAUAUAAUUUUAUGCCGCAUCGGCCGGGCGGUCGGGGCUUCCGCGCCCUUUUCACCGCUG